UGGUUCUCCGCGAGUCAGUAGCGUGUGUGUGAACAGGGGCGCACCACAGAUCAGUCAUCUUUUGUCAAUACAGAAUGGGGGCGGAGGAAACAUAUCCUAUAAAAAGAAGGUAUCCCACCACAUCAUGAAACAGCGGGCAGCUUCACAAACACUCGAGCAGGAAUCCUCCUCUCUGCUGCCACUUUCUUUACUUUUUUUUGGUUCAGCAUCCUGAUGCUUUAAGCUUAUCCACAUCUUUGUGAUUUUAUAAUAUGGCAUUUUAAGCAGCUCAUAACAGUUUUUUCCCCACUGACAGGUUAUUUGAUGGACACUGUAGAAUGGAGUUUAAGCUUUUUUAAGCCAAAGUUUGGUGGUCAAAGCACCUAGUGCUGUAGGAAACAUCUUAUCUUCAAGAAACCAACACAUUCUCAUUCAGAGUAAGACGAGACUGAAAGGAUGCUGAGCGUUACGCGGAGUCGGAGCUGUUGGAUGUUGACGCUGAUCAUCGCGGUAGUGCGGAUGGGAGAAACUCAAGGGACCGAGAGCAAAGCCCAGGUGAACUCCAUCAAAUCACUGGAGCCCCAGAUCGCCUCUAACCGCUCCAGCGCUUCAUAUAGCGACAUCCCGAAAAAAAGCAACAUCCCCGCUCAGGGCUAUCCAUGCAGCAGUGAUAAAGAGUGCACGGUGGGAACUUACUGCCACAGUCCCCAGCACGCCCCGUCCCGCUGCCUCACCUGCCGCAGGAGAAAGAAGCGUUGCCAUAGAGACAACAUGUGCUGCCCUGGAAACCGCUGCAGCAACUAUAUCUGCAUCCCCAUCUCAGAGAGCUUGCACAAAUCACCUAUGGAGGAGCACAACACACUUCCUAUCAAAGACAAAGGCUGGAGGAAGAACGGCAAAGCUCAAGCCAAGAUCUCUCUCAAAGGUCACGAGGGCGACCCUUGCCUGCGCUCGUCCGACUGCUCGGAGGGCUACUGCUGCGCUCGCCACUUCUGGACCAAAAUCUGCAAGCCUGUGCUGCGGCAGGGCGAAGUUUGCACCAAGCAGCGCAAGAAAGGCACCCACAGCCUGGAGAUCUUCCAGCGCUGUGACUGCGCCAAAGGACUCGCCUGCAAGGUAUGGAAAGACGCCACCUCCUUCUCCAGGUCCAGGCUGCACGUGUGCCAGAGGAUCUGAGACGGGAGGCUCCUGGAAAACAAGCCGCACCUUGGGGGCCCCUGCGUCCCUCUGGGGGAGGAGCGGGCGAGGGCUCCUUUCUCCAGGACUUACUCAGCUGUGAUAAAGGGAGAGAUACAGAUGAAUGUGUGCCAGAACAGGGUGGGAACGAGGCGAUAUGGUGGACGCUCAGACGUUGCCGUAACCCCGUGCUUCUUUUCAAGAUUAUUUGCUGGAGGUUUAUUGAUCUACAAGCCAUAUUUAUCACUGAUGUGUUUCGGUAUGCCUGUGCUGUGUCAUUUUAGUAUCAUUUUCAAUGCUCUGAUUUGGUUUUUGUCACUAAAUAUUUCAUGCACAUAUGAGUUUUUUUUCCCACAGCAUAACCACUAAAAUAUAACUAGGUUUUUUUUGGUUGCAUUAUUGCAGACUUCUCGAUUGCUAAUAACCGUGUAGAGAGCAAUUUUAAUUUUUAGUUGUCUCUGUUUCUAAAUUUCAGACAUCUGCCCUUCUGAAAGUGCACUUUGAGUUUUUCUCGUCUAAAAAAUGAUCUGAAAUGUGUACCCAAACAGAAGAACGAUAGUAUGUUGUCAAGGUAGCCACACACUAGUAAUGCAUUAGCCUGAUAAAUAUGAUAAUUAGUUCAGAUUUACUCAAUAGAUAGCAUUUUUAUUCUGUCAGAAAUACUAGGGAAGAUGUUUACAGUUUUGAGUGCUGUACAGUGAAUGUGCAGAUGCUUUUAUGAUUAUGGCAUCAUGAAUCAUAGUCCGUACUUUUGGUUUGUAAAAUUCCACACCACAUUUUAGCUAGAAUAAAAAUAAUAAUUAAAAUCUAAUAAGCUCUUAUAUUGUAAAUAAAAUGCAAAAUUGUCAAUGUAUUUAAGAAGCAGUUGUAUAUCAUGUAUAUAUUGGUAAAAAGGAACAGAUGGGGCAAAUAAAGUAGUGUAAAGAGACAUUAAACACUUUACUUUCAACUUACUGUCUGUCAUAGCAUGGUGUGAGAUCAUUUCCUCAAGCUCUGUUUUACACCGCAGAUAUGAAAAUCCCCACGCAGAACUAUUUCUAUUAAAUUAUUUUCAAAAAUACGUUUCUUCACAGAGCUCAUGUUGUGUAUUUGUUUAAUGUCUGAUUUCCUGGGUUAGUCCUUAACUUUGUUCCUGAUGUUAUGUCUCAUUGUCUCAUUUACAGUGAUUUAAACAGAUUAAAGAAUGUAUUUUGUAUUA